UUAAGUGCCCCACAACAAGCAGAGUGGCUAGUUUCAUGCUGGAGUCCAUUAAGGAGGCAUUUUGACAGAAAGCCACAGAAUAUAAUGUUCAACUACUUUAGAAAUUCACCCAUCCGUAAUUGCAUAUUCUUCAGUAUCAGUAAAUGGUAGGAAUCAAGUAAGAUUGUAUAUUAAUAGCAAUCAAAUGCUCUGGUGCCAGUGAAGAGGAGUAACCCUUGUGAUUAGCUGAGGUUGUGGUAACAAUCAUAAAACAGAGGAGUGCGGAAGCAGUGAAACCAAUGCAGCAGCUUACUGGUGGAAUAUUUGUGGAAGGGCACAUCCCUGAGGGAGGGAUCAAGGAGAGCUGCUCAAAGACCAACUGCAGAAAUCAUUAGACCAUUACAACUGCUGGGCUCAAGCUGAAGAGGAAAAUCCAGCCAUUGGAUAUAAAACAUUUGCUGCAACUGUUUGGUAGAUUUGGAGUUAAAGAUGUUGUCUGAUCCAUACAAAGUUGCUGAAAGUGUGGUGGAGCAGCUGAUCCCAGAACUGAAUCUCUUACUGAAGCUACUGGACCACGAAUACCUGAGUGCAACCACCAGAGAGAAGACAAUGACAGUGAGCAACAUGUUACAACGGCUCCAGCCAGCCUCUGUUUCUGAGAAGAGCUACCUGUACAUGAAUACUUCAGACUGUCGGAAUGGCACAAGUUUUGUGGAAUCCUUGUUUGAGGAGUUUGAUUGUGAACUACAUGACCUUAAGGACAUGCAGGAGGAGUGCAAGGAAGUGAAUCGUAUCGAGUUGCCACUACCAGAAACACCCCGUUCCAAAUCAGGAGUACCUGAUACACCACCCCCUCUCCCCACAACACCCCCUCCUGAGGGGUAUUACGAAGAAGCUGUACCUUUGAGCCCAGGAAAAGCCCCAGAGUACAUUACCUCUCGCAACAGUUCCAGUCCACCAAAUUCUAUUGAGGAUGGCUACUAUGAAGAUGCUGACAGUAAUUACCCCAUCACCAGGAUUAUGGGAGAACUCAAGCAUUCAUACAAUGACUCAGAUGUAAUGAGCAGUUCAUAUGAAUCUUACGAUGAUGAGGAGGAAGAUGGGAAAGGUCAACAGUUGACUCACCAGUGGCCAUCAGAGGAAGCUUCCAUGGACUUGGUGAAAGAUUGCAGGAUCUGUGCCUUCCUGCUGAGGAAGAAGCGUUUUGGGCAGUGGGCCAAGCAGCUCUGUGUCAUUAAGGAAAACCGACUACUGUGUUACAAAAGCUCCAAAGACCAUCAGCCUCACAUGGAGCUGUCACUGAACAUGUGCAAUGUUAUUUAUGUGCCUAAAGACGGUCGACGCAAAAAGCACGAAUUAAGAUUCUCCCAGCCGGGAACUGAAGCGCUAGUACUAGCUGUACAAAGCAAAGAACAAGCAGAGGAAUGGUUUAAGGUAAUUAGGGAGGUAUGCGUCCACUGCAAUGGAAUUGAUGGAUCAACGUCACCACUUUUUCUACCAAAGUUAGAACUGGAAAAGAGAUUGUCGAAUGAAAAGCAGGCUUCAGAUGUUGAGAGUAUAGUAACAGGAGAGAAUGGAUCUCUAGUUAAUGGCAGAGAGAAUAGAGAACACGUGAAGGGGAAGAAAAGUGGUUUGGCUGAACUGAAAGGCACAGUUAGCAAGGCUGCAGGGAGGAAGAUUACCCGCAUCAUGAGUUUGGCAAAGAAGAAACAGUCUACAGAAGAGCAAACUUCUUCAACUGAAGAGGACAUCCCAUGUUGUGGUUACCUCAAUGUAAUGGUUAAUAACUACUGGAGAGAACGCUGGUGCCGACUGAAAGUCAACACACUGUACUUCCACAAGGACAGAACAGAUCUACGCACACAUGUAAAGUCCGUUGUGCUGCAGGAUUGUGAGGUAGUUCCAGGAUUUGGACCAAAGCAUCCCUUCGCUUUCCGGAUCCUUCGAAAUGGACAGGACAUUUGUGUUCUAGAGGCCAGCUCUUCUGAGGAGAUGGGUAGGUGGCUGGGACUGCUACUUGCUGAGACAGGCUCUACCACAAAGCCAGAGGCUCUGCAUUAUGAUUAUGUUGAUGUGGAAACAAUAGCCAACAUUGUGGAUGCCGUCAGACAUUCCUUCUGGUGGGCUACCUCUUCAUAUAAUUCAGCACUUUAUCAGCAUGAUUCCAGAACAUAUGAUGACGUACCAUAUGAAAAAGUACAGAUUGAAGAACAGAAGCAACCUGCCAUCUCACAAAUAAUUCCCCAAGCUUCCACAUCAAACGAUGCCUCGGAUAGAGCUAAUUUGCAAAACAAAAUUAAACGUCAAGCUUCAAAUGCGAAUCAGUCUAAAUAUGGGAAGACUCGAGCCGAAGAAGAUGCAAAGAAAUGGUUGUCUGAACAGGAAUCACUUGAGAGUCAGAAGGAUUCAAUACGUAAAGAACUGACGCAACUCCGAAAAGAGAAGAAAGAGUUCCGUAGAGCUCUGAAAGAAUGUAUAGCUAAUGAAGAUGCAGCACUAUCAACAUGUACAACAUUGGAAAAAACAAAAAAAGGUAAAAAAUCUCAAGUUUACCUGGAGGAAAAAAUACGAACACUGGAAGAAAAAUGUAAAAUUAAAGAGACGGAGCGGGUGGACUUGGAACUCAAGUUAACACAAGUAAAGGAGAAUCUGAAGAAAGCCAUUGCAAGAGGAGCAGAAGUUAGUUUAUCUCUCGACUCUAAAGCAGAACCUGCUGCACAGACUGAGAACAGUUACACAGAGCAUCAUUUCAUACCAGUGAACAGUGCUUCGGAAAAGAGGAGAAUUCCCUCCACAAUACCCUCCAGUAAAGUGUGCGUUUUGCAGAAAGCUAAGGAAUGGGAGAAAAAGACAGGAACAUGAAAGGAUCCAAGGAAGAUGGAACAUGAAAUUAUUUAUUGUUGGAAAAUGUAAUAAUUUCAGGAUUUUAUCAAAGCAUGUUCAUUUUCAAAAAGGGGGAAUUGUUGGGUCCCUUCAGUUCAAGUAGAUGUUGCAAGUCAGAGGGACAUGUUAAGAAAGUAAAAUGCUACAGGAUGUGUGGUGAUAACGGAUUGGCAUAAUGUCUUGGAUAUAAUGCUUUAAAUUCACCUUGUGUCGCCAAAUUGGAUUGCUAUAGCUUCUCAUGACGAUUAUAAAGAUAACUAGGCUUUAAUAUUAUUGCCCAGCAAUAAUAUUGUGAGAUUCAACUUUAAACCAGAUUGCAGAAACACUGACUUUCUAUUAUACAAGCUGUGACUUAAAUUACUUUUGCAUUCUCAGGAGCAGCACUACUCAACUGAUGGUCAAAUCCAGUCCACUUGGACCAAGUAAAAGUCACUUGCCAUACCAUAGAACAACUAUGCAUGACACUCAUAUCGUAGUAUUACACCAUGCCCCUACACACUGCAAGAUCAAUUACCAUCUUUUCAACUCUGCCUUGACAGCUACAGGAUGAGAAAUAUUCCUGAUGGCCUGUACACAGUUCUGUGAAAGAAACUUCCUGCAGCCAAUUUUGUCCCAGGCUAAUGAAUAUGUUACAUCAUAUUCUGCACUUACUGACCAAGUUGUACCUGCUUACUUUCACAAUAUUAAUAUCACGUUUUAUCUGCAUUUCCUUCACCCCAAUGAGAAUAGAAUCAUUUGCUUAAGUCCAAUUAUGUAACAAAAUUGCAUCAAUAUAGAACAGGCAACCCAGGUCACAUAAAAAAACAAAAACUGAAUCAAGAGAAUUCUGAUUUUUUUUGAUAUUGAGUUCACCUGUAAAAUAAUAUUGGUGGUGGGUGUAAGAUGUACGGUUAAGGCUAGAUAAUAGAAAUGUUUCCGAGACUUCAAGUUUCAUGCUACAUUAUGUGAUGGCCAUAUUUCUGCCAUGUUUUGAACAUUUUCCAAUACUGCUUGGCAACAGUUUGCACUUUGUACAAAGAUGGAUGGUAAGAUAAUACUUUUACUUAAAAUCCAUAAUUCAACAGAAGUCAGAAUGUGAGAAGUCAUUUUCAGAAUUAUGACAACUUACAAAUUCGAAAAUGUCAAUGUGAGAAUGGAUUUUCAACAAGAUCUAGCUGUUAAUACUCCAUGCCAAACUCUUUAGCUUUAAUCUUGUUGAACAGAUAAAUGCUGAAUAUUUUUAAGAUGCCACUGCACACAGAUUAAAUUGCAGCCUUCAAAUAUGACAAAUAAUUUCUGACAACUGUAAUUAGAUGUAAUAAAUGAUAAAUGACACAUACAUUUUCACAAAAUAUAUUUAAACAAACUUUAAAACAUGUUUAUUAAAGAUGCUGAUUAAAGAGUCAAAAUUUUCUUUAAACAAAUACACAUUCCAAAAACAGCUCUCAAACAAGUGGAAUUAAUCUACAAUUUCAAUGUUAAUAUUUCAAAGAAUGGCUGUAAUUCUCCUUCUGACUCUCAGCUCAGUUUUCCUAGUUACCUACAGGAAGCGUAUAGCUUUCUGAUAGUUUAUUCAUUUUAUUCAAUCAUGUUGUUGUUAUUUCUUUAUUGUGCACAUGUAUAUAAUGAGAAGACAAUGCUGCAGGAUUUUGUUUGUCCCAAUCUAAGACAAUUAAAUCAAGUAUAAUUAGAUGGCCAGCAAUUUUUAUCUUGCAACAAAAUACUGUUUCAUUUGUAAGCACUUUAUAAGGUUCUGCAUGUAUUUAAGGGCUAAUGAACAUUUUGUUUUCUCAUAAUAACUUGAUCUAUGACCCAAUGUUAAUUAUGUACACUCCCUACCCAAUCCAUAAAAAUAAAAGUUUUGUAUCAAGGAAAUGUCAAA